AUGCGUUCGUCCAGUUUUUACACAUGGUUCACCCUGGCCCGUCGAUUAUUACUUGCACACUUUUACGAGUGUCCAAGAAACAAGCCGUUCUACAAGUUGAACUCGCGCGUGCCCCUAAGCCGGGAGAGGACUCCGACUCUUACCCAACUACUACUCUCGGUAUCUUCACCUACGGCGAUAUUAGCAAAGAAAAGGGCCUCACGCAAGAAACGCGGCCGGUCAUCACUCGACCACCCCCUGAUCGGCUCACUGAAUGCGUUACUAUCGACGACCCCGUUCGUCAGUUCCACCCCUGUGACCGCGAAGAUGAACUGGGUCGCCCCACGAUCUCCACAGGGACUCUGGGGCCACCGCCUCGGCGGCCACAACCGCGAGGUCUGGCUGUCCUUCCGCGACGGCUCCAAACUAUCUGACGUGUUACAUCUGGCGUAUCUUUCCGACUUGCCCCUGCAGCCACCAGCAACCCAUAUUCCGGACUUCUACGCUAAAUAUGCGAUCUCCACCCUGUGUCUGUCGAUCGAGUUCAAAAGGCGGCCCGACCCGUCCACUGACUGGAUCAUGGUCCGCUCCAACUCCAACAAGGUCUCCAAUGGCCGGUAUGAUGCUGCUUUGCAACUAUUAGAUGAGAGGGGGAAUCUUCUCGCCUUGAGCAAUCACGUUGUGUUUACCUCAGACUUGAAGCCGAGGCCGGCUCGGCUGUGA